UUUGAAGCUCCUGUUUUUUUCUCCUGCCUCCCUGCACAAAUGGCGCAGGCGGUCAGGAGUCGUUGCGGCAAUCCGGGUCUCGUUUCCUUCUUUUUUUCGACGUCGUCUUCUCAAAAUCACCGCCCUUUCGGAGGAGACGCUCUCGCGCUUUUCUCGUCUCUUCACAGCUGCUGUUUUUUCCCUUCCACGGUCGGUUUAAAACUUACUCAACUCCCUUUUCGCAGUUUCCCUUCACCUAGAAACGCGUGCACAAAUGAUUUGCAAGCCACACUAAUCCGUCUUGCAGGCGCACCACCUUCCGGCCAAAGAUUCGCAGUCGCUCACAAAAAACCGAGGAUGACGCGUGGAUCCUUUCACCACAGACCGGACUGCUUUUGACGAGGAUCUACGCCCCAGUCCUUGCCUCCUUCGGGGGCGGACAGACCGGUAUACUUCAACUGUAGAAUCCGUUUUUUCUAUCACGUCUGCGAACCGUACACGACUGCGUAUACACACACACACAGACGUCUUUCUGCAUCCAUGCGUAGGUACAUCUGCAUGUUUUAUCGGAAUGUACGUGUAGACGUCUUCACCGAUCUGGACCAAGACAUCUCUGCAUGUGCUCUCUGUGGCGCUUCGUUGACACCUACACAGUGUAUGUACACGUGGGGAUCAUCUGAAGAAGCAUCGGUGCCGUUUCGUGUGGAAGCGGCUCUUUCAGAGACUGUUCUUCUUCGCUUCCUCGAGCAUUUCCCCCUCGAUAUGCGGCGACUACGUACACGACGGUUUUGCCCGCCCGCGUACCGGCGAGGCCGAGGCUCCUGACGGAUCCUUUCCAUGCAGCCCAAAGCGAUGGCUGUUUUGUCCUUCUCUCGUCUCCUUUUCUUUUUCUUUUCUCUCUUGUCAACGCCUUUCGUCGCUCACGCAGCUCUCUCGUGAUCAGGCGCUCGUCGCGUUUUCUCCCUCUCGCCUCCCUCGCUUCUUCCGCCGGCGUCUCCCUCCUCACUUUUCCUUGCUCCCUCGCUCUCCGGCGUGGAUCCUCUCUCUCUGGCGUGGAUCCUCGCUCUCUGGCCUCACCUCGCGUCUUGACAUUCUCCUUCCCUUCUUCAACGCACCUUCUGUCCCUGGUUGUCACUCUCUCUCCCUGGUUCUGUGUGCCUCUCUGUUUCGGAUUCUUUUCUGGAAAACAGCGCCGGCUUCCGUCGUUGACCAGCGCGUCGCCGACAGCCUCUGCUCACUUUCGGAUAAACGUUUUCGACGUUCUUGUGGAGUCUUCCGACGUCUUCGCCUUUGCUUCCUUCCCUAUCGACGAUGGCGCGCGCGGUCGCCGACACAGCGCCGCCUGCGCAUGCAGCUGCUGACAAGGAGGGAAGCCGAGGAAGAGAGAAAGGAAGACCGAGAGAAGAAGGCGAUGACGAGAGAAAACGCGAAAGGGAAACCGAUAGUUUGAUUCUCGUCGCCUAUGACACGUUCCCUGAACUGCAAGAACUGCAGCUGCAAGAGAGAGUUGUGACCGUGCAGCCUUACCGGCGCCGGCUGUUUCGGAUUGCUCUGUUGUGGAUCUUCGGGUGUCUCUCCGGGGGCGUGCUGCUCCUCUUCGCGCUUUGGUUCCGGCGCUGGACUUUCAGGUGGACUCACCGAAAAUGCUUUCUUCACGAUGCCACCCAUCUUCGUCUCGUCACAGCCGACGGCGGAAAACACGAAGUGAAGGUGACGCGAGUCCCUUUCUCGCAGUCGCUGGUCAACGCCGUGCUGUCUCCGGGGGGGCGAUCCAAGAGGCUCACGCCGGCUCUCGGCCGCGCGCGUCUCUCGAGUCUGGGCGCCAAGGACUCGGAGAGAAGAGAUACCUCACACGCGGCGACGGCGGAACGACGGGGACAGACGGAGAAGACAAGCUCCGACGAGAGGAACGCGCGAGGCGGAGACAUUUGCGUUGCUCGUCGAAGAUCCAACUCUCCGUCGCGAUAUCCAAAAACCGACUGUCCCGAACAAGGAGACAGCGAUGAUGCAGACGGCGCUCCGGAGCCUCCCCACACAUGGGCGUGGAUGUUUGAGUACCGAUUCAUUCGGUAUAUUCUUGAGGCUCCGGGCAGUGGUGGACAUAACGCUCGAGGCCCUCUGCCGGCGUCGUCCACCUUCAAGCCUCUCACUUUCAACGUCUGCUUCCCCCCAGACCAGCUGCGGAGACAGUUCCUGAACUCCCCGCCGACUCGCGACCUGGUGCGUCUCCGACAGGGCCUCUUUGGAAGCAGUUCCAUUCGCGUGGAGGUCCCGUCGCUGACUGCACUCGUUCUCCGGGAUGUAGUGCAUCCCUUCUACGUCUUCCAGCUUCUCGCGGUCGCACUGUGGUUCUUCGACGACUAUGUGCAGUACGCCGUCGCGAUCCUCCUCAUCACUUCUGUCUCCACCGGCGCCGAAUGCCUGCGAACGAGGCACAACUUGCUGAGGCUCCGGGACCUCGCCGCACAGCGCUGCUCUGUCGUCGCCUACCGAGUGACUGGGGAGAACGAAGGCGUUUUGGGGGGUCAACGGUGCGAUGAAGCCGUUUCUGGGGGAAACGCCACACAGAGAGAGGAGGGAGAACAACAGCCAGGUCCACUCAGGGACCCAGAGCAGGCGCCAGCGUCAUCAGUGGGAGCGCCGCAAGACGAGAGAUCCGCAGCAGACAGAGAGAAGGAGAGCGAAGGAACUCGAGGCGGUGACGGUGAGGAGAAAAGAAACGCGAAAAAAGUCGUGAGGGAGGAAGUCGACUCGGCUGACCUGGUUGUGGGGGACAUCUUCGAAGUCACAAUCGGCUCGGUUCUACCCUGUGACGCCAUCGUCUUACGAGGAACGAUCGUGGUGACGGAAAGUUGUUUGACGGGGGAGAGUUUCCCAAUCAUCAAAACCCCCUUGCCGGAAGGCCGGACCGACGGCGAGGGAGACGCAGAGAGAGGCCUCAACCUCGAGCAGGCGGCGAAACAUCAACUCUUCGCCGGUACUAAGGUCCUCUCCGUCAGAGUCCCCCCCGCGUCCUCUCCUUCUUCUUCCGCCUCUUCCUCUCCCGGAUCUUCGGUUUCGUCCCCUGCAGACGCUCCAAGAGCUCUGGCGGCCGUCUGCCGCGUCGGCUAUGCGACCACCCAGGGACGGACCUUUCGGAGGCUCCUCUUCAAAUCAGCAGUUCGCAUCGACUUCGAGAGAGAUGCCCUCAAAUUCGUGGGCAUCUUGGCCGUCUUGGCGGCCAUUGGAGGCAUCUUCACUCUCGUCAUUUCGAUUCUCCACAGUCUCCCCAAAGCGGAAAUUGCCUUUCGGAUGUUCGACCUCUUCACCGCUGCUGUCCCGCCUGCUCUCCCGGCCUCGAUGAGCGUCGGCCUCUCUGUCGCUGUCACCAGGUACAGACUUUUUCUGUCGCGAGCGAUUUCACAGAUUUCUACGUUCUCUCUUUUAUUCGCCUUUUGUCGACAGGAGUCUCGGACGCUUCAGUUCACCACAGAUGACCUCUUUUCUCUCCCCUCUGUGAAACGUCUUUGCCCCUAUGAUCUUCAGUGCAUGCUUCUGUCUCUCUCCUUCUCGUUGUGGUCGUCUCUUUUCUGUGCUGUUUCCGGUUUCUCUCUUCUCUCUUCUCUCUUCUCUCUCCUCUCUCUUCGCAUUUUCCGCGUCCAGCAUCUGUCUCGCCUUGUUUGUCGUGUGUCGCCCAGACUCUACUCGCUCUACCGCGUUUACUGCACUGCGCCUGCGCGCCUCAGCUUGGGCGGCUUCGUGCGGUGUCUGUGCUUUGACAAAACGGGGACGCUGACGGAAGAGGGAGUGGGAAUGGCGGCCUUCUUGCCGGCCUGCCAGUGCGCGGCUUCUUGCGCGCUGUGUCCGGAGACAGAAGCCCGUCGAGCGCAUGCAGUCUCCGAUUCUGGCGAGCGACAACCGCCUUCUUUCCUCUCUCUCGUCUCGCCUUGCGCCCUCCGGUCCACCGGCUCCGCACCGAACAAGAAGGGAGACACCGGCGCUCAAGCGAGGCACUCUGGCGGGGUGAGCACUACGGAUCGCGAUUUCCCUCCCUCGACUGCAUGCGCAUGCAUCAAAUAUGCCACCCAGUGCAUGAGCGCCUGCCACUCGCUUCUCCGCAUCGGCGGAGAAGUCGCGGGAGACCCGCUCGAACUCCAAAUGCUCGCAAACACCAAAUGGCUUCUCCUGGACGGCCAAGGAAGUGAACAUCCAGAGCGAACACAGGAGACAGAACAAGAGAGAGAGAGAGGACAAGAGCGAGAGCAAGAGAGAGGACGAGACUCGAUGGGAGCGAUAGGUGGAGGGAGUAGGGGAGGACUCUUUGGAGAGGACUUGAGAAAGUCAGGCAAGGAACUCGAGGCUUUUUCGAUUCUUUCGAUGCCCGAGUCUAGCGGCGAAGCGAGACCUCGAGAGAAGGAACAGCUGCUCUGGGGCGGAGAAGAUCGGUCGGCGAGCGGAGCGAAAGAAGCAGGGGAAAACGGGGAUUUCUCUUUUCAAAGAAAACACUCCAUUACCGCGGGGGUCCCCGAGGAAGAGCAUGCAGCCUUCCAACAGCUGCAGAGAGAACUACAGGGAGGCGGCGACAUUCCAGGCUUGACGUUCAUGCUGCCUCCUGACCCUCUCGAGGAAAAUAAACGCUCUUUGAGAGGCGCACUGGCGAUUGUGAGGCGGUUUGACUUCGACGCUUCUCUUCAGCGCAUGAGUGUGGUUGCCGUCGACACCGACAGCCGCUCCUACUUUGUUUAUUGCAAAGGCAGCACAGAAGUCCUUCGCACGCUGUGCGACCGCCGCACUCUCCCGGCGGACUUGGAGGAGAGGCUUCAUCGUUUUUCGGCGUCAGGCUAUCGGGUCAUCGCCCUCGCCGGUCGUCGCCUAUCCCUUCCUUCUCAACAGUCUUCUUCUCAACAGUCUUCUUCUUCUCCAUCUUCUUCUUCUUCAUCAUCUUCUUCUUCUUCAUCUUCUUCUCUUCCAUCUUCAUCUGCUUCGCUGGCGUGCUUCGCCCGGCAGGUGUCCCGAGAAGCAGCUGAGCGCAAUUUGACUUUUCUGGGUCUCGCGUUGUUCACCAACAAGUUGAAGGAGGAGACGACGGCAGUGAUUUCGACUCUUCGGCGCGCGCAGUGCACUGUGAGAAUAGCGACGGGAGACCAUGCGCUGACCUCAAUCGCGGUCGCGCGUGAGUGCGGCCUUCUCGGCGUCUCUGCGCCUUCAGAGAAGCGCCACAGGCGGCGGAGAGACACCCGCGCCGCUGCGCCUUUCGAGGCAGCGAGGGAAAAGGGAGACACAUUCAAGAGCGUAGAGGCGCGAGAGCUGAGGCGAGAGGGCCUCUCGCUCUUCUGCGGUCGUGGAAGAGCGGCAGAGCGAGCCCAAAAAGAGACAAGAGGGGAGCGAGGAGCGCGAAAUCGAACAAGCUGCGCGAGCAUAGAGAUACGGGGGACAGAGGAAGCAACAGGGGCGGCAAACUUGUCAGAAAAGAACUGGACGACACUCGACUCUCCAUCCCCUUGCUGCGCGCCGCCGCGUCUUCUCUGGAACUGGCUGCGGGGACACCGGAGACAGCGCCGAGACAUCUUCCCCGCAGAGCUCGGAACGCGCCUCCUGGAGCCGGUGCAAGAGGAGGAGACAGUUGCUUCGCGUCGCGAAGCAGAGGAUGAGGACGCAGAAGGCCGAGGCGAACGGGGAGACGACUUCUUCACCACCGGGGGGCGAGAGAGAGAGAAAGAAAAGGUUGAAGACGCAGGCUUUCUGUGUGCAGCGAAAGACGCUGUUCGAGCGCUCGUUUGCCGCGAAGAGGCACCGACAAAAGGCCCGACAGAGAGGGACAGAAGGCGACACCUCGACGCGAGUGAAUUUGAAAGCGGGGGAAGUUUCAGCAGUCGCCGCUUCCCCCGCGAGGCGAAUAGAAGGCGAGAAGAGGCGUCUCCCGACGAAGCGGAAAGGAGAGAAGACGGGGAAGUAGUGUGGGGACAAGACGAAUCAGAACAAGAAGAGGCCCCUGUGGUAAUUCUGGGAGAUGUGUAUCGAACGGAAGAAGACGAGAACCAUGUAGGGGGUCCGGAGUACUUGGUGUGGACGCUGCUGCCUGAGGCGCAUGCGUCCCGCGCAAGUGUAGAGACUGUCCCCUCAUGUCGCGAGGGGGGCGAGAGCGAGGGCGGGCGUCGUCUUGUGUCGCCUGUCUCCGUCGCUUCUUGCUCGCGUUCUCGGGAGCCUGCAUCCCCGCAGUCGUCUGUCGACCUCCGCGAGCUCCUCGCGACUCUUCCUGACAUUCGCGCGGCCUCGCUGGUAGUCACGGGGCGCGCGUUCCGCCACCUGAAGCGCCUGCAGACUCUCACCCACUUUCCGUACGUAGAAGACUGCGACCAGGUGAUUGACCGGCUGCGGAGACACCAGCAAGAGAUUCUGAUGACGCACGAGAGAGAGAAAGACGGGGCGCGCGACUCGGGUGAAGAGGAGGAGGGAAGAGGGGAAGACAGCGACGCAGCAGGGACUGAAGAAGGCGACACUGCUGGGGAUUUCGCGACUCGGAGGCGACGAGCUGAGGAGCGACGGACACACCCCGCAGGCAGCCAAAGAGACAGAGAGAGAGCAGGCGAGCACCGCUCUCCAGAGCUCGACUCGACUCUACACCGACAGAGAGACAGUGAAAAUGAGUGGGAACCUAAUAAGCGAAGAGGAGAAAGAGGAGAAAGAGGGGAAAGAGGAGAAAGAGGAGAAAGAGGGGAAAGAGGAGAAAGAGGAGAAAGAGGAGAAGGAAGAGACAGAGAAGGAAGAGAGGACGACGUUGUGAUCGAUGUUAAUGACAUGAGUUCGGGAAGAGGCGAAACACGGGAGACUCUUGGUGCGUAUCCGCUUCUGGAGGUGCCGCCUGUGAACCACAGGCACUGGGCCUGGGACCGUUUGCCUCGUGACGACGACUGGGGAGACAAUGGAUACACGCGGUUCCCUAGUCCUCCUUCUUUCUCGCCUUCUUCCCGUUCUGCGUUGCGUUCUCCUGGAUUUCAUUCUCAAUUUCCUGCCUCUGGACUUUUUUCUCGUGAACCUCCGUCUUCUUCUCCGAGUCCAUUGGUGGACCUCUUCGACCAGCAGGGGAAAAGUCUGCUUUUGCCGCAGCCGCUUCGACGACUUGGCGGUCUUCAAGGAAGAGAAGAAGAUGGCGAGCAGGCCGACAUCGAGACGGGGGCGGAAGAGUCACUGUGGGAGGAAGACGAAGACGUUUGUUUCUCUUUUCCAAGGAAGGGACGUCUUCCACCCUCGCGAGAGUCUCUCGGUGUGAGCGAAGAGACCAGCCGCGCUGUCUCCCGCCUGGAUACCUUCGCGGGCCAGCGCUCGCGGUUCUCGUCGCCACUCUUCGCCGCGGGCGCCGACGCUGGCUGUCCCUUCCUGGCUCUGCCGCCGACGCCCGAGGUGUCUCCGUUGCUGGACGCGCGCCGCGGGUCCACAGACAGGCGCCGGGGAGAGAGGUGGAGGAGGCGCGCGGAGACUUCCGGCCUCUUCUCUUCCUCACCCCUGCCGUUGCCCAGGCCUUCGCGCAGCGCCAAGAGCCGCCUGCCGAGAGAUGCGACAAACGGAGACAGUCGGAGACAACUCGCCGCGUUCUCCGGGAACGACGUCUUCCUCGAAACCAGCGAAGGACUCGCGUCGUGCGUUGCAGAUGCGGAGAGCCGGACACACUCGACGUGGAGCCGAGCCAGGCGAGAGCGCGAGCCGGGACGCGCCAGGCGGCCUCCCCACUUUUUCGUGAGCAGCAGCGAGAGUGAGGGCGGGGAGGAAGAGCCUUUCGGAGCCGUUCGGCGGGGAGACCAGGGACGAGCAGAGGCGCGGAACUCGCGCUUCUUCUCCUUCCUCCAGUGGCCGUUCUUCCGCCGCAAAGGCGCGUCCACGCAAAGGCGUGAGGCCGAGUUCGCCUGGAGCCGCGAUCGCGCCGCCCCCCCGUCGCCCCGCUGGCGGCGCCCGGAGCCCGGAGGGGACGACGGCGGAGAACGAGCGAGCACCCUUCUCGUGGAGCGAAGAAAGACCGCGAGGCGAGACCUGGGGAAGAGAGGGCAAGCCGAUCGAGGCCUUGCUCCGGGAAGACACCCUGUGCGAGAAGGCAGAGGACGGCGUAUCGCGUCGUUUGUGGGUACACGCGACGGGCAAGAGAGCGACGGAGGAGAAGCAAGGAGAAACGAGCAGAUUCGACGAGACGAACAGCAACUGCGGACUGUCGUCGAAGCACUCAUGUUUCCGGGGGUCGCUGUCUCGCUUCUUCGGCAGCAACAGAAAAGAGAGACCCGCCGGCCUCCGCGGGCCAGAGGCUGGGGGCCUGCCUCGUUGUCUGCAGGGGGCGAACGUGGUGGACCUUGCUCGAUUGGAGGUGACCCCAAAGGAGAGACAGAGAGACAGAAGCUGAGAAGGGCGCCUACUAAACGGGGACGGCGGGCGGUCGAGACGAAGGAGAGGAGACGGAAAAUUCGGUCGGCGUCCGAGAGACGAGAGCCAGAGACAGGCAUCAGCGAAAAAGGAGGCGAUGAUACAGAAGCCACGAGAAGGGAAGACGCCCGCCUAACGCGCGACAGAAGUGAACGCAAAGGUGAAUCCUCCUGUGAGGAACAUGCUUCUUUCUUCUCGCUGUCGCCUUCCUCAACUGCUCACUCGCCCGCGGGCGCUGCCUCGCCGAUCCUGCCUCUCGCGUCUGGCGGGAGAUCCACGGCAGAGAGAACGCGAGACACCCGCGAGGAAGAAAAGGAGACAGAAGAAGCCGCACAGGAGGAAGUUGAGAGAGAAGAUCGAGAACAAGAGCGACAAGAAGAUGGAGAAGAGAGCGUGGCGCCUGCCAUUCGUUUGGCGUCUCUGCCUCGGAAUUAUUUGCCGGGGUCGGAGGCUCUGGUGUGUUUUGUCCAGCAAGAGCUGCAGAAACAGCAGUCGUUCCACCACGUUUUUUCUCCGGGCGAGUACUUCCCGAUCAAAGAGCAGAGCGACUUGCCGCCGCUCUCGCGCGUCGAUUGCUUCCCGUCGGUCUUUCAGCUUGCGGAGCAGGAGCGCGGCGAGCAGGCGUCCUCCCUGGCGCCUCUGCUGCCGCCCAACGAGAAGGAGAGUGUCUUGGGAGACGCGCUCUUCGACCUCUUAGGACCUUCGCCAGCGCCCAAGGCGGAAGAGCACGAAGAAGCCGCAGUCGUCGCCACGGCGUCGGCCCUCCUCAAUCUCCCAGGGCCGCUGGACUGCCCCCCAACCCCCGUGCGUGUGCCUGCCUGCGACCUGUCCCCCGGCGACUCGGACACAUUCGCCUCGGAGCCGUCGGAGACAGAGAGACAGAGACAAGAGACCGAUCCCUCCCUGUUCCACACCGACGCCGCGAGCUUCGUGAAGCCAGCGAGAAGGAAGGCUCGCAAGGAACACGAGAGGGAAGAGCGAGACCAGUCAGCAGAGCGAGGAGAGACAGGAGGAUACGCAGGGGGUCAGCGAGAGAGGGGAGGGAGAACUGCAUGGGUCGCUGAAGAGGAGAGGUGGGCUGACCUUGGAGUUCGGGGAGACGAUCGCCGAAGAGGCAGGGAAGGGGGAGAAGAAGGACAAGCGGGGCGCAAAAGUGGAACCGAGGAGACACGGGGACGAGCCUCCACCUUUGCCAGUGGGGAAGCCGGCCUGAGAGGCCCAAACCGCGGCGAGGACGCCCUCGAGAAGACAGAGGAGACAGAAACGCGCAGCGCCGCGCCGCAGCAGACACUCCGGACAGGCCCGUGUGGGGCCCUGCGCGCGACGCUGGAAGAGAACGAGAUCUCAACAGAAGUCUCCUGGGAGUUGCGAGCGGCCGACGAAGACGUACUUGCAAUGAGACAGCGUGGAGAGUUCAGUGAAGAGGACAGCCGUGGAGGCUGUUCCUCUCCAGAUGAAGGGGAAAGUACACCGCGGAAAGGUCCCACAAAGAGAGGACCAGCGGACAAAACCGAAGAAGAGGACCCGGAGGAAGAGGUCUGUCGAAGGGAAGAGGAGUCGCGAACGACGCGCGUCAAAAAGCUCGAAGACGUCCGGCUCUCGGCUUCGCGCCCAGGGCCCCCGGUGAAUGUGUGGGAAGGCUUGACUCUCCAGCUUCGCGUGUUUCAGAGCCCACAGCCGCGCGCUUCCUUCUACCGGCGCUGGCGACUCGGGCGGCACAGUUCGGAGGAGACAAAGCCUUUUUCUGGCACUGGCGCACCCACUCCACACGUGAGCAGUGUCUCCUCCUGCGCGCUCUCGCGUCUAGACGCAGAGCCGUCACAGCGGUCUCCGCGUUCGUCGGAAGCGAGCGACCAGGGUCCAGGGGAGGCUGGGGCGGCUGUGGCUGUCGCUGCUUGCAGAGAGCAGGGCGAGGAAACGCCGGCGACGCAGGAGGGCCAUGCCUUUUACUUUCACAUGUCUCUCUACGAAUACGUCGUUCGACAAACCGUUGUGCUGUGCAGGGCCAGCCCGCAAGACAAAGGCGAAUUCGUCUCUGCUCUCCAGGAGCUCCCUUCCGAUCCUGUCGUCGCCAUGUGCGGAGACGGAACGAACGACGCCGUAGCCAUCAAACAGGCAGAUGUCGGGAUUUCAAUUAUUUCCCCCAUCGCCGGGGAAGACGCUGCGCCCGCUACGAAGCCUGAUGACGCGGCGAAAGGCCCACUGGCGCGCCCCAGCGGGGCUUCUCUGGCGUCUGCCUUCUCAGCCGUGUCUCUCUGGGCGACCGUGCAGCUGCUGCGUGAGGGAAGGUGCAUGAUCAUGAACAGUUUCAGUACCUUCAAGUUCAUUGCGUGCUACUCUGUCCUCCAGCUCACUUCCGUUCUUCUUCUCUACGCCCAAGCUGGAAAUCUCACCGAUUCGCAAUACAUGUGGAUUGAUUUGAUUACAAUUCUUCCUCUCUCCGUCGCGGUUGCUCGAACAAAUGCGGCGGAUGUUCUCUCUCACCUCACACCUCCUCGAAGUCUCGUUUCGGCGCCCGUCCUCGUCUCUCUUCUCGGUCAAAUCACUCUGCACGUCUUUUUCCAGAUUUUCGUUCUCUUCCACCUGCGACAACAACCAUUCUUCAUCCCUUUUGAUCCACCGGGCGCAGAGGCAGGCGACCGAAACGACAGUCUUUCUGGGAUGGAAAACACGGUCAUCUUCCUCAUCUCAUCCAUGCAAUACGUUUUCUGCUGCGCUGCCUUCACUUCCUCCGGCUUCCCCUGGCGCAAAGCGAUUUGGACCAACCGUUUGUGUUUCUUGGGCAUGGCGCUGCUUGUGAUUUUGCCGAGUCUGCUUCUUCUAUUCACACCCGCGGAGGUUCCUCCGCCCUCCUCGCACUGCUUCGGCUUUCUGGCAGCUUGGCUGAAUCUGCGCGUCGCUUCCAUCCCGCUCUUCUUUCGGCUCCAGCUGCUUCAGCUGGCUGCGUGCAACGGCGCGCUCGCUCUCCUCUUCGAGAUGGUCAUCGUGAAGAGACUGCUCGAACGCCAUGUGGAAGAAUCCACGCUGAAAAGCUCGCGGAUCAACAGCGCUCACAUACCUGCAGAUCGACGAAGAUACACCGUCACCGUCGUCUACCCUUAGGAAAGAGAAGAAAACGCGGAGGGAAGGAAGACGAGAAACGAGGAAGGAAAGGAAACGAAGAAGAGGAACAAGGAAUAGAGGAAGACGCUGAGAGUUACGACUGUGGAUGAACACACUGAAAGAAGCAGGGGGGGUUGUGUGUGUGUGUGUCUGGGCAAAAUGACGAGGGGGAAGACAGACACAGAUAAUAAAGCGGAACAGAGAGAAGCAUAUCUCUGGGGAUACACACGCAUGCGUAUGGUUUCCAAAAACAAGUAUUCGUUUGUAUAGUUGCAUAUGCGUGCAUAUACUUAUAUACAUGCAACGCUCCCUUCAUUUGCGCCAUGGGGCGACCUAGCGGCUCGUGUUCGAUAUGUAUUUGCAAAAAGCGAAAUGCAUGUAUAUAUUUAGAUAUAGCCCCGUGCACAUGCAUUUCUUUACUCUUUGCCGGGUGAUUUCGCCUUCUUGUGACGUAUCUCUGUACACGUUUGUGUAGAAAUGCGUAGAGGCGGGUGUAAUAACAUAGGGAUGUCACAUCCCCGUUUGCGAUCUGGGAAAAAUAGUUUUCUGGAGAACACUCAUCCACGCGGUGCGUUGUUGUUGGUGCCGCGUGUGACUGGCGGAUCGUGAGAAGUUGAAGCUUUUUGUUGCCUUCUUCCCUUUCGUGAGACCGCCGUUUCUUUUCGCGGUGUUCUUUGUUCUUCCGCGCAUGCGGAUACGCGACAAAUAUACAGCCUUCUCAUCGUGAACGCUGGAACCACGGUGUACGCAGCGCAGCUUGAGACUUCUUUGAGACUCGCAUGCGUCGCAGCUCC